GGAAGUGCUGCUUUGUUUUGCUUCGGAGACUGCAGAGUUUUAGUAGAAGUUCAUUUUUUCCCCCCCCCCACAUACGUUUCUUUUAAUGCAAAUAAUUUCGAAAUAAGUCUAGAUCAAAGGAAAAGGAUCAGUUGUAUUAAUCAGUUGUGUUUUGUGAAACUAUGGAACAGCAGGAACAAGUGGAGUGGGACAACGUGAACAAACUCCUGCAGAGCCAUGGAUUUAAACCGGUGCGUUUUGCAGAUCCGGUCGAGAAUAAAAGCUUGGCAGACCUGGUGUUGUUGGACAAACGCACAGCGGUGGAAAUCAGAGCCACACUCAGAAUGAUGCUCACAGACUCAGAGAGGAGGCAGCAGCUGAUCCAGGAGCUCAUCAGGACCAACAGCCAACUCAAGGAGGACGUUCAGAGCCACAUGUCUCGUUCUCUGGCUCAGGCACAAAGAGCCUCAGACCUGGAGAGGCUCCUGGACGAGGUGAGGCUCAGAGUCACAGAGCUGGAGGACAAGUGUGUGGGCAGAGCGGCGCACACACAGGGAGAGAUCCAGAGUCUGCAGAGAGACAAACAACACGCACAGAGUUUGGUUCUGGACUUGGAGCGGGCUUUGCUGAAACAAAGAGAUGAGAUCACUGAGCUGCAGAGGAAGCUGCACUUUGCUGUGAGAUCUGAAGAGCAGCGUGUGGCUCAACAAAGCCAGACUUUUGAACUGAUCUGCAGAAGGACCGUGAGACAAAGCAAUGCACAAGAUCAACAGAUUUUAGAUGUGAUCGACCACUAUGAAACUAAAAUGUCCCAGCUACUUGAUGAGUUGAGAAGAGCAAAAGGAGAAGAUGUUUCCCUGGAACAAACUUCAAACAGCGUCUCUCCAACAUUUAAAACUAUGAUCAAAGCAUUUCAAGAGCAGCAAAAAGACAGUAUAAAUCAAAUAGAAGAACUCAAGAAGAAAGUGGAGCAUCUCAAAGAGGAGCUGGAGACACGACCAACUCUAAAAGACUUGAAGUUUUACAAACACAAGGUUCGUCGGAUUGAGAAACUUUACAACUUAAGAUUGUCUCAAGAUGAAAAUUCAUACGAGAUUCAUGACAAUGGCUCCGACUCUACAUUAUGUACCCAAUACCAACAAUUGUUGCGUGAGAUCAGCUCUGUGGUGACUGGUCCAAAAGCUCCUCUGAAGCUGCACAGACAGAAGCUCGACUCUGACUCUAGAAAACAGUUUAAACCUCUGCUCCCAACGCUGCAGCUGUGGGCCCAACAACUCACUCUACUCAAGGAUCUGCAUCAAAGCCUAAACAAACUGUCCACUAAACUGUUGCCAUGGCAGCCAUCAGAGGACAGCCCUUCUUCUGCUGAACCUGUCAAAGUGGAGGACAUGAUGCUUUUGGUCGAUACGCUGCUGGAAAACACCUCCACAGACAAUGACACGGUGCUGAGGAGUCCGACCCGUCACACUCUCAGUUCUAUGGUGGCUCAUUUUCAGACAUUGUUCGAUGUCUCAUCUCUAAACGGAGUUUAUCCUCGAAUGAACGAAGUCUACAGCUGCCUCGCCGAAAUGAACAACGCCAUGAGGAACAUCCGGGACGCACUCAAUCUUGACAGCAGAGCCGCUUGUGCUGAGGUGGUGAAUGCUGUGACCAGACUGACCUCUCAACCGCAAACUACUGUACAGGACCUGCUCGGGGAGGAGGAUAUCGACAGUAUUAUCCAAAAAGUGAAGGAUCAUGAUGAGUUUUUCCCUGCCUUCCACUCAUUUAUCAUUGAUAUCCUACAAACUUUGGGACUAACUCGACUGGAUGACAUUCUUCCCGCUCUGCAGACAUUAAAACAACAAGCUGCGUGAUGUUAUUUUUUACCCGUGAAAAUUGUUUGUAUUAAAACAUUGUGUUUUCAAUUGUUACGUUUUUAUGAGACUGGAAAUUAAAUGGUUUCGGAUUC